GCGGCUGACGAACGAAAUCAAUAAUUGUCUGUUUGGAUUUAUUAGAGGGAAGUGAAAUUUUGUGCGUUUUUUUAUUUAUAUUCAGCUUUAGAACUGAAUAUUUUCAUUGUGAGCUAUAAAUAGUUGUAUCGUUUUGUACCUGUGGUAAAAGAUUGUUAAAAAGCAUCAGUAAAUAUGGGAAAAUGUUUUAAAACUUCAUCACCUUUCCUGGUUUCGACUUUGUUUUGUAUUGCAUAAUUCAGUGACGAAGUGGUUGUGUUUGUGCGAAGCUUGAAUUUUGGCUUUCUUGCUUUGAUUUAUCGAUGAUGUCGGCGCUUGGCAUAUCAGUUGACUCCAAAGAGUUGUGGAAAAGCUCGGAUUUAAUUGAAAAGAAACUAGGCUCUGUCCUAGAUCGCAAAGUUGCUUCGUCAACGAAACAGGUUUUAUUGGACAGGAUCAAAUUCAAAGAAGCGUCAAAUCCAGAUCCGUUUUAUCAAGAGUUGAAGAAGAAGUAUACACCUUUGAAUAGAUCAUCAACGAAGCUUCAAAAUAACGGUCCUUUAUUAAAAAAUCACUCCACUAGCAAUGUGAAACCUGAAUUGAACAACACAAAAUUUGAGAAAGAUGAGCUUCCACCGCCGAAGUUUAUGUUAUUUGAAAAGAAUAAAGUCCAAUUACAAUGGAAGACUGUUCGCAAUGUUGGUCCAGGAUUGUACAAUCUUGGAAAUACCUGUUUUUUAAACUCCGUCAUACAAGUUUUAACAUACACACCGCCAUUAGUAAAUUAUCUGGCGACGCAAGAACACACAAGUCAAUGUGUUAAAGUUGGAUUUUGCAUGUUGUGUGAACUGCAGCGACAUGUUUUAAGAACGUUUUCACACCAACAAAGUGAAGCCAUUAAACCUUUGGCAAUCCUACACAAAUUAAAAUUCAUAGCCAAGCAUCUAAGAUUUGGUCAACAAGAAGACUCUCAUGAAUUUCUUCGUUAUGUUGUUGAUGGCAUGACGAAGAGUUGUUUGGUUGGAAUAUCUGACAAGUUAGAUCUUUAUACAAAAUCCACAACAGUCGUGCAUCAAAUAUUUGGUGGAUACUAUCGAAGUCAAGUGACAUGUGAAAGAUGUCAGCAUACAUCAAAUAAGUUUGAUCCUUUGAUGGAAGUACUAUUGGAUAUUAAGAAUGUUUAUUCGGUGUACAACGCUCUUCAGAAAUUGAUCUCUGUUGAAUUACUUAACGGUGAUAAUAUGUAUCUAUGUCCAAGAUGUAAGCUCAAAGUUCCAGCAAAAAAGCGCAUUCAAAUUCAUGAACCACCAAAUGUGCUGACAAUGUGUUUGAAGAGAUUUGAUUGUCAUUCUCUGUUUGCGUCAAAGAUCAACAAAGAUAUCAGUUAUCCUGAAACAUUAAAUCUAAGACCAUUUCUAAGUAUAAAGCAAGGCUGUGCAAUCAACUUCAAGUUGUUUGCUGUACUUGUUCAUGCUGGAUAUUCUUGUAACUCUGGACAUUAUUAUUGUUUUGUGAAAGCCGCCAAUGGAUCAUGGUAUCAAAUGAACGAUGCUUCUGUUCGGCAAGUGAGUUUAAAGACUGUCUUGGGUCAGCAAGCAUAUCUUCUGUUUUAUAUAAAGGAUGAAGUGACAAAACAGAAAAAUGGUUCUUCGAUCCCGUCAUCAAUCAAAAGUCCACAAGUCAAUGGUCACCAUGGUAACAAAUCCAAAACAUUGAACUCGAAACAGUUUUUUCCAAAAAUUAUCAGUGAACCAACUGUGAAGACACAUCCUUUGGCAAAACCAUUUGCAAAUGCUACGUCGAAAACUACAACGAGUGCAUGUGUCUCAUUUUUACCACGGCCAACAAGUAUUCCGAAAGAACGAGACAAAAUCGCGUUUACAUUGAAUCAGAAUUCGUUGGUGAAAAUUGAUCACGUUUCACCUUCCCGGGAGGAAAUUGAAUCUGUUUCGAGGAAUUUUUGUGAUGACGUUUCAGAGCAGAUGCAAACGGCAUCACAACCACAACAGUUCAAGGAAAGUGACACGAACAUUGGUAUUGAAAAUGUUGGAAAUUCUACGGAUUGUAAAGAUGAUCAAGUGAACGACAUUAGCAGUUCCACUGAUGGCAAAGUUGAGCCAAUUUUGAAGAAGACGAACAAAGAAAAAGACACAUUAGUUGAGACUAAAGAAUCUGAGAAAAAUCCAAGAGAGAUUCACGCCACUACAAAAUGGAUUAUUUCAAACCACGAAGACCUCGUUCUUGGAUCGACAGCUGCUGAAGUAAGGGAAAGAACGCCAUCUUUGUCUUCCGAAAUCAGUAAUGGCGGAAGUAUUGCAAGUAAAACUGGAGAAUGGUCCGUUAGUGAUCGUGGAAUUACCCAAGAAUUCGGUCCCAGGCUUCCUGAGAGACAACAUGCUGGAUGGAAAGUGUCCUCGAGCGAAACUGUAGGAAAAGGAGAUGAUAACGAGGGCUACAGGAAAUUAGCCACGAUACCUCUAGAAAAAACUUUACGUCAAAAACAUCGAAAGAAACGAAAUUUUUCGAAAAACGAUGAUGAGGAAACAAGACUGAUUUCACCAAUGGAUCACGAGGGGUCAAGGGAGGAUAGAAAGAAGGAAAGACUCACUUCAGAUAUGGAUCGUGAAGGGUCAAGGGAGGAUAGGAAAAAGGAAAGACUUACUUCAGAUAUGGAUCGUGAGGGGUCAAGGGAGGAUAGGAAAAAGGAAAGACUUACUUCAGAUAUGGAUCGUGAGGGGUCAAGGGAGGAUAGAAAAAGGGAAAAGAUAAAGAGAUUGAAAAAACUGAAACGAGGCAGAGACAGACCGAGCGACGGGGAAGUCUUGAGCGAUGACAUUGAAUUGCGGGAAAAAAGGAAAAAAGACAAGAAAAACAAAAGAAAAAAACGGAAACACAGAAAGGAGAAAUUGUCCGAUGAAGAUACGAAAGAAACGGAUGAAGUCAUCAAUACAAGCAAAGAUAGGUUGUUGUCGCGUAAUAAAGACGAUUCCGGAUAUUCGAGCUCAAAGAAAGAUUUUGAUAAAACGAAAAGGGAUUCAAAACGAUCUCUUUGCGAGAAUAAAGAGAAAAGAAUUAAAGGCGUCGGAAAUAGAGUUUUUACAAAGACGAUGAAAGAAAGAAGGAACAUUGAAACAGAUAAUUGUGGUAGAAAUGAUCUGAAUCCUGAACAUUUCACAUCAAAUACUGACACGAAGAAAGAGGAUAAGUUUACGGCAAAAAAGUUCAUUAACUUGAGUCAAAAUGCUAUAGACAAUGCACGAAGUUUAGUCGUCAAAGGUAGAGAUUUCCUAGGAAAGGUUUCUGAAUGUAGAAAUCGAAAUGGAAGUGACAAGAUAAGGUUGGUGCAGUAUUCUGACGAUUCUUCCAACGAAUCUGAAAACGUUGUACUCAAUGGAUCUGCGAAUGAUCGUGUUACAUCUGUGAAUGAUCGUGUUACAUCUGUGAAUGAUCGUGUUACAUCUGUGAAUGAUCGUGUUACAUCUGUGAAUGAUCGUGUUACAUCUGUGAAUGAUCGUGUUACAUCUGCGAAUGAUCGUGUUACAUCUGUGAAUGGUAAAUGUGAAUCAUCAGGGAAUAAUGGAAGAAAAGACAACUUGAGAAGUUAUGAUGAACGAAAGAAUAUCGUGGACGUUUUGUUGGAGAAUUCAAAAGUAUCGUCGAACUACGGUGGCAAAGUUGAAAGAUGGGAUGGACAGAAGGAGGAUAACGCCGUUAAAGAAGAUAGGACAAAGAGGAGACGAGAUUUCUGGGAUGAGGAAUACGACAAAGGAAAGCAAAUGAAGCGAAGAAAAAAUUCAAACAAAACCAGCAGUUACUCUUCACGCGGAAGGAAUUCGUUUCAAAAGGAAUACGAUCGCAGAAGAAUGAAAAGUAACGGUUGCCAUUCGUCUUCUUCAAAUGGUUGGUAUAAGAGAGGUUUUGAAAGACAUUCAUGGCGUGAUCGUAGAUGAUUAAUUACGCGUAAAAGAUAUUGAUUUAUUAUCGAUGGACUGAGGAAAGAUUAUGCAAGCAGCGACUUGAAUGUUUAGCUGCAGUUUAUCAACUAUAUUCUUGCUUGUAAUACAACAGCAUUUGGAACUUGAUGGGUCGUACAAAGUUUCUUUGCAAAAAAAACCUUUGAGAAACGAAUAUGUCUGUUGUGAACUUGUCAAAGUCAAUUUUGAUGUAAUGAAAAGUUUAAUAAAAUAUUCGCAAAGUGUGUUUUAUUUUA